UCCACGAGCGCACCUCGGUGAACUAGUUAUUUCCUUACAUAUAAUACAAUAAGUUCUAUAACAUACAGUGUAAAUAUAACAUUAACGCGCAAACAUGGAAAAAUAUUGGAUAUUUAAAGAAAAUGUGGCCAAAUGCAUACAUUGUAAACAAAAGUAUACAAAAUACAUAAACACAAGGACUUAUAAAGUACAUAUGGAAACGCAGCAUAAUGAACAUACUUUCAAAGAUAAUUGGUUAUUUCAAUAUUUCGAACUCCAAAACAAUAUGAUGAAGUGCAAGCGUUGUCUUAAGAAUAUAAGAUUCAAAUAUAUCCUAAACUUAGAAAUCACUCAAAACAACAUGAAUCUAUGAUCGACACAGGUAGAGAUAAACAAAGGAAACGACAUAAGAGAAGAGUGUUGUGGUGGAUAAAAUACUGCACAUUAGAAAAUGAUAAAGCACAAUGCAGAUUUUGCGAUUUAUUUUAUUACAUUACCAUUUACAAGAAUCAUUAUGAAAAUCACGUAGCAAUGGAUCAUAAUAAAAUUUAUGAUGAAAUUGAUAAAAAAAAGAAUUGGAUAUGGCAAUAUUUCUCAUUUGAAAACAAUAAUGCAUUGUGCGCUCUUUGUGCGCACAAGAACUAUUUUCCUGUAAAUUUAGAGGUUUCUAGUAUUCGAAAACAUUUAAAUGCAAAGCAUAAAGAUGAAAUGAAAGAAACACAUGAUGAUGAAUCAGGUCAAGGUAUUCACGAUAAUGCAGAAACAAUUAUAAAAAGUAGUCUGGCAAGUUUGAUAAACGACUUUUUAACUUUUAUAAAUGCUGAACCAAUUCAAAAUCACGAAAUUGUCGAUGGCGCGGAUUCCGAAACAGAUGUUGAAGCUAAUGCUACAUCAGAUAAUUACUAA